GUCACCUUGGAGUGUUAAGAUGUUAAUCAAAAGCCACCUCCGCGUAGGUCUGCUUUUCUCCUCUCUCCCGCCCCUUAAAGGGGCUGGGGAUUUUAAGCAAGCACCUCGUGUAGCGUUUGGCUCUCUCCUCUCGUUCGCCCCCGCCUCUCAUACCUUCUAAGUCAAAGUGAGACGCGGGGUCCAGAAGUCUGGGAAAGCCGUAAGUCUGACUGCCUCCUUGGCAGGUAGUAGUGAGUUCUUGGUUUCUGGAGGUUUUUAAGCAAGGACUGGAAUUUGGCAGUGGUGUAGUAUAAGCACUUCCUAAGCUGUAUCUACUGUACUAGAUAAGCCCUUAAAAAAAAUCGUUGUAGCCCUGAAAAGCAUGAUGGUGCAGUAGAAUUUGUCUGGAGAACAUCCACCUUCAGUACAGAGCAGUCCGGCACUUUCAACUUAAAACUAAAAACGGAAAGAGUGGGCCAGUUUUCAGUAUCUGUGGCGUGAGGGUCACUGAAAUAAACCUGCAGACGUUUGACCUGGGCCGGGCAAGCAGUCUCUGUACUACCUGGUUCUCACGCUCUAGAUUUUUAUCCUCUAGAGCUCUUUGAGUACACGCCCCCUCCGCUACAAAGACAGUUGCGGUUCCUAAUGAAAGCACUUCCUUGUUGGCACUCAUAAACAAGAAAAUUUUGUCAAAUCUCCGUAGAAACGCUAGUUUGGGCCUGGAAACCCCAAGAGUACGUGUAGUUUUGCCACUUCUUAAGGACCUGGGAAGGACUCCAUUUUCCAAGAACUUGAUGGUGGUGAAGUGCUGGUUGUAAUUUAGAAAGACUGCCCUUCAGUGUUUUAAAAACACCGCUUGGCGUUGGCCUAAGAGCUGAGAGCCGGUCCGACGGGCUGGGAAGCCAUGGAAGCUGCUGGGAAAGAGGAAAUCAGUGUUGAAGAUGAAGCUGUGGAUAAAAACAUUUUCAAAGACUGCAGCAAGAUUGCUUUCUACAGGCGUCAGAAACAGCAGCUCUCCACAAAGUCCACCUAUCAGGCAUUACUAGACUCCGCCACAAAAGGCAAAGACAGCACCAAGUUCCAAAUCCUCAAUGAAGCAACUAAGGUUCCUCUUCUGGCUGAAGUUUAUGGUAUAGAGGGAAAUAUUUUCAGGCUUAAAAUCAAUGAAGAAACUCCCCUGAAACCCAGGUAUGAAGUUCCUGAUGUUGUCACAAGCAAGCCACGCACCGUAAGGCUGAUUUCAUCCUCAGGGGAUGCAGGUAGUCUGGUACUGGCUGAUGGAAAAGGAGAUCUGAAGUGUCAUAUCACAGCAAACCCAUUCAAGGUAGAUUUAGUGUCUGAAGAAGAGGUUGUGAUGAGCAUAAACUCCCUGGGCCACUUGUACUUUGAGCACCUGCAAGUUCCUCUCAAGAAAAGAGCUACCAAAGAAAAUAAGGAGGACACAUCAGUUGACACUUCUCAGGAAAACCAAGAGGAUCUAGGCUUGUGGGAGGAGAAAUUCGGAAAAUUUGUGGAUGUCAAAGUUAAUGGUCCUGCCUCCAUUGGUUUGGAUUUCUCCUUGCACGGAUUUGAGCAUCUUUACGGGAUCCCACAACAUGCAGAAUCACACCAACUUAAAAAUACUGGUGAUGGUGAUGUUUACCGUCUUUAUAAUCUGGAUGUCUAUGGAUAUAAAAUACAUGACAAAAUGGGCAUUUAUGGUUCAGUGCCUUAUCUCCUGGCCCACAAACCAGGCAGGACUCUAGGCAUUUUUUGGCUGAAUGCCUCAGAAACGCUAGUGGAGAUCAAUACAGAGCCUGCAGUAAAGUACACACUGACCCAGAUGGGCCCCGUUGCAGCUAAACAAAAGGUCAGAUCUCGAACUGAUGUGCAUUGGAUGUCAGAGAGUGGAAUCAUUGAUGUUUUUCUGCUGACAGGACCUACACCUUCUGAUGUUUUCAAGCAGUACUCAUACCUUACAGGCACACAAGCCAUGCCCCCUCUCUUCUCUCUGGGGUACCAUCAGUGCCGCUGGAACUAUGAGGAUGAGCAGGAUGUAAAAGCAGUGGAUGCAGGAUUUGAUGAGCAUGACAUUCCUUAUGAUGUCAUGUGGCUGGACAUAGAGCAUACUGAGGGCAAAAGGUACUUCACCUGGGACAAGAAAAGAUUCCCAAAUCCCAAAAGGAUGCAAGAGCUGCUCAGAAACAAAAAACGUAAGCUUGUGGUCAUCAGUGACCCCCACAUCAAGAUUGAUCCUGACUACUCAGUGUAUGCUGAGGCCAAAGAACAGGGCUUCUUUGUGAGGAAUCACGAAGGAGGAGACUUUGAAGGGGUAUGCUGGCCUGGUCUCUCCUCUUACCUGGAUUUCACCAAUCCCAAGGUCAGAGAGUGGUAUUCAAGUCUUUUCACUUUCUCUGCCUAUCAGGGAUCUACUGACAUCCUCUACAUAUGGAACGACAUGAAUGAGCCCUCUGUCUUUAGAGGACCAGAGCUAACCAUGCAGAAGAAUGCCAUUCAUCAUGGCAACUGGGAGCACAGGGAACUUCACAACCUCUAUGGUUUUUAUCAGCAAAUGGCUACUGCAGAAGGACUGAUACAGCGAUCUAAAGGAAAGGAGAGACCCUUUGUUCUUACACGUUCUUUCUUUGCUGGAUCACAAAAGUAUGCUGACGUAGGUGGCUUCAUUGGGAAUCCAGAAGCAGAGCUGCUAGUGCGUUGGUACCAGGCCGGAGCCUACCAGCCCUUCUUCCGGGGCCACGCUACCAUGAACACCAAGCGGCGGGAGCCAUGGCUCUUUGGGGAGGAACACACCCGGCUCAUCGGAGAAGCCAUCAGACAGCGCUACACCCUCCUGCCCUAUUGGUAUUCUCUGUUCUACCGGGCACACGUGGCUGCCGAACCCGUCAUGAGGCCUCUAUGGAUAGAGUUCCCAGAGGAAUUAAACACUUUCGGUGUGGAAGAUGAAUACAUGCUAGGAAGUGCUUUAUUGGUUCAUCCAGUCACAGAACCAAAAGCCACCACAGUCAGUGUGUUUCUGCCAGGAUCAAAUGAGGUCUGGUAUGACUCUAAAACGGGUACUUAUUGGGAAGGAGCAUGUACUGUGAAGAUCCCAGUAACUUUGGACUCUAUACCAGUGUUUCAACGAGGUGGAAGUAUAGUGCCCAUAAAGACAACUAUAGGAAAAUCCACAGGCUACAUGACUGAUUCCCCAUAUGGACUCCGGGUGGCUCUCAGCACUAAGGGUUCUGCCGUGGGUGAACUCUAUCUCGACGAUGGCCAUUCAUUCCAGUACCUCCACCAGAAGCAAUUCUUGCAUAGGAAGUUUUCAUUCUUGUCAGGUGUUUUGACCAACAGUUGUGCUGACAAAAGAGGUCAUCAUCCCAGCAAGUGUGUGGUGGAGCGGGUCUUCGUCCUUGGCCUCAAGAAGCAGCCAUCUUCUGUGACCACCCAUUCAUCUGACGGUAAAGAAGAGCCUGUGGUUUUUACAUAUUGUACCACAAUGUCCACCCUGAGCCUGGAGAAGCUGUCACUGAACAUCGGCGCUGACUGGGAGGUCCACAUCAAAUAACUGUGACGUGCACCCAGUGACGGGCGCAGGAAGCAGCCUGUACCUUUCAGCCUUUCCCUUGGCCUUUUCUGACAUUUGUGCUGCAUGUUAAUUGACUUCUCUGGCUAAAAAUUAGCUUUCAUUAGGCACCACUUUACUAACAAAAACAAAUUUCAGGUUUUACAUUUUUAGAGGUACGAGGAAUACUUUUUGGGUCAAACACCACCUCAUCUCCUAGAUGCAGGUAGCCCUGAGACUUUUAUAGAGUUCAUUAAUCUUCCAUUGCUUCUUGGACUGUGGCCCUGUGGUCAGCACUGUGGCCCAAUGAGUAGCUUCUCUUUGAGCACAGCUGGAUGGUUUUGUGUGUGUGUGUGUGUGUGUGUGUGUGUGUGUGUGUGUGUGUUUAAGUAAACUCUACCCUCAAUGUGGGGCUUAAACUCACAACCCAGAAAUCAAGAGUUGCAAGCUUUAUGGAUUGAGCCAGCCAGGUGCCCUGGAUGGAUUUGUUAUAUAUGAGAUGUGGGCCAAACCCACUAUUUGUGGCCCAUUUGUGGAAGCUUGCCUCAGGCCAUGCAGCAGGAUCAGUCUGGCUAUAGUGGCUGAGCUACUCAGGGCCUGUCUCCAAGGGGACAGCAGCCUCUCAUACCCCUCGGUCAUCUUUCACCCACUUAGAUGUGGGCAAAACCACCCUUUUCUGCUUGCACUGCCUACGCUGAAGCAACAGGGAAUUAUUCUCCCCUAAAGAUUGACUCUGAAGCACAAAGGAUUCUUUUCCCUGUUGUGCUUGUUGGGCUUCAAAGUUCCCAAUUAAUCUUCUUAAAAUCCUAAUUUAUCUUAAUUGUUUUUAUUAAAUACGUUUACUGACCACAGAAGAUUUGUAACAUGAGUAAGCUAUAUUUUGUAAUUAAUAAUAACAUGAACACCCAUGUCCCCACAACUGAACUUCAGAAAUAGAACACAGGGCUGGGAUGAGGGUAAGUCAGGCACAAAAACUCUUGCCUUGGGCACAAAAUUAAGGGGGUACCAAAAAAAUGCAAUAAUCAAAAUAAAUAAUAUUUUAGUGUAGUAUUUUUCGAAAUCAAAAUUAAUGCAAAAAAUCCAUGAUGAACAAAAUAUCAAAAUUUUAAAUAAAGACAGGAUCAGUACUACUAAGUUUUCUUUCUCCCUUGGUCCCCCGUAUGGCUUGGCAUGGGCUAAAAAGCAUUAGGGAACACCAGUUCCUCCGGCUGCUUCCUGCUCUGGAGACACCAGUGCCUCUUCGCUGCCUGUUACUGCAUCUGUAGGGCAGCCUCGUGUGCUCAGCACGUUUUCACGUUUCCUCCACUGAGCGACUUGCCAACUGCCACCUCUGUGCCUUCUGUGCCCUGGGCCCCAUUAUCCACCACUUUCCCCCUUCCCAUGCAGCUCUUACCAUCCAUUGAGGCCCAACUCAAAUGCCACUUUUCCAUUAAGCCUAUCUAAAUCCUCUGUCACCCCCGCACCCCUGGACCCAUGCGCGGUUACUUUGCUCAUCUCUGAAAUGCUGUUCCACUUAUAAUGUGCGCUCUCCCAGCAUCCUCAGGGCAGUCCCUUAAUGUUUCAGCUUUGUCUAUCUUGUUCCCCUGCUAGAGUGCAUGUUCCUCGAGAGCAUAUUUGUCUUCUGUCUGCCAGAGCACCAUUAUACUUGCCUUUCAGUAACCAAUGGCUACAAUUAGUUAACUGAUGGAUUUGAUUGAUUAAAAAGUGAGAAUUUAAUGUAUUUGUUUCCAAUUUACUUUUCUGACAGGACUCUUCCCUCCAGAUGUAGUAAACAUUGUGCAUUUCCUUGUGGACACAUUGCAUUAUAUCAGUUGAGAUUUCAGCUUUGCACCACACCACAUAGACAUUCACAGAUUCUUUGCUAUUUCUGUAAGUCUUGCAAUUCAGGAGAAAGGAAGAAGUCUACAUUAGCUGAAGCCGUAUUUCCCAGCUUUGAACUUCCCUUAGCAGCCUACAGUAAGACUUAACCUGAAAACUGGGUGCUUUUACCUAAUACAUGAUGAUGGUUUUUAAUGGCAUGUGAAGCUGAAUAAUUAAGACCUAUCUUUAGAUUAACAUGUAUUGCAUUUAUUCUUCCAUGUAAAAUAUUUUUUGGAGAAAGGAAUGAAACUGCUCUAUCUUGACGCAGAAUGGUACUGAAAAGUUCUCCGAGAGUCAGAGUGGAGAGAAAUACAGUCUGGGUGUUCAUUGUUCUCUGCUUUUACGGCUUCUCACACUUCACCUGCCUCCUGUUUCUGCAGCUGUUACCAGAGCAUUCUGUGGGCAUGGGUUGGCCUGCAGGUGUUCAGUUACCUUGUUGGUUGUGGCUAAUUCUUGAUAUGUGUUCUCAGGAAACUGGAUUUCAAGUAAGAAUUAGAAUUUUCAACAGUUGGGAAUGCAAGCUGGUGCAGCCACUCUGGAAAAAAGUAUGGAGGUUCCUCAAAAAACUAAAAAUAGAACUACCCUACGACCCAGCAGUUGCACUACUAGGCAUU